CCGUCAUGAAACGACACCGUCGGCAUACAUUUCCUGAAAAUUAAAGGCUCAACAUUUAUCAUAUACUUGGAUUAGUUACUGUUGAGCAACGAAGCUCAGAGCGAGCCAGCAAGGCCUCAGCUCCAGCCGAUUUUAUUUUUUAGCCCAGGAAGAAGAAGAAGAAGAAGAAGAAGGUAAUGGUGGCUUUUGGCGGGAAGAGGGUGGGCCAGGCGGUGGCUGGUCUUGGCGGGAACGGUCUGGGCCGGGUUCUGGUGGCCGUGGCCGCGGCCCUCCUGGUCCGUCUCUUCUCCGGCCCCGGUCCAGCUCUCUUGCCGGAAAUUGAGCCCGAUGACCACGACGACAAGGACGAUUUCUCCGGAGAUGGCGACGCCGGUGAAUCCCCGUCCGCCGGGAAAGUUUUCCCGGUGACAAUUCGUUGGCGCAACAUCACCUGCUCCCUCUCUGAAAAAUCCUCCAAAUCAGUGCGAUUUCUGCUUAAAGACGUGAGUGGAGAGGCGAAACCGGGAAGACUGCUAGCGAUAAUGGGGCCGUCAGGGUCAGGAAAAACGACGUUGCUUAACGUUCUGGCGGGUCAGCUGAUGGCGUCACCUCGGGUGCAUUUGUCAGGCCUUCUGGAGAUCAAUGGAAAGCCUUGUUCAAACAAAGCUUAUAGGUUUGCUUAUGUAAGGCAGGAGGAUCUUUUUUUCUCGCAGCUAACAGUGCGGGAAACCCUGUCCCUUGCUGCCGAGCUUCAGCUUCCUGAGAUAUCUUCUGUGGAAGAGAAAGAUGAAUAUGUGAAUAAUCUUCUAUUCAAACUAGGCUUGGUUAGUUGUGCUGAUUCCCGCGUUGGUGAUGCAAAAAUCCGUGGAAUCAGUGGGGGUGAAAAGAAACGCUUAUCUCUGGCUUGUGAACUGAUUGCAAGCCCAUCAGUCAUAUUUGCUGAUGAGCCAACAACUGGACUUGAUGCCUUCCAGGCCGAGAAAGUAAUGGAAACUCUCCGACAACUCGCACAGGAUGGACAUACUGUAAUCUGUUCCAUACAUCAGCCUAGGGGGUCUGUUUAUGGUAAAUUCGACGACAUUGUGUUGCUAACAGAGGGUGUACUUGUCUAUGCUGGUCCUGCACGUGAAGAACCACUGGCAUACUUCUCUGAAUUUGGGUACCAUUGCCCAGAUCACGUUAAUCCUGCUGAAUUCCUUGCUGAUCUCAUAUCCAUUGACUACAGUUCUGCCGAAAGUGUCUCUUCUUCUCAAAAAAGGAUAGAUGAUCUUGUUGAGUCAUUCUCACAACAAUCAUCAACAAUUCUUUAUGCAACUCCAAUUACAAAAUGGGAGAUCUCCAAAAACAGCAUGAAGUUAAGCAAGAAAACUACAAUCAAGAAGAAGGGUGGUUGGUGGAGGCAAUUCUGGCUGCUACUUAAACGUGCGUGGAUGCAGGCUUCUCGUGAUGGGCCAACAAAUAAAGUUCGUGCAAGAAUGUCGAUUGCAUCGGCUAUAAUAUUUGGGUCAGUGUUCUGGAGAAUGGGAAGAUCUCAGACAUCGAUACAAGACAGAAUGGGAUUGCUUCAGGUUACUGCAAUAAACACUGCAAUGGCUGCUCUUACAAAGACUGUAGGUGUGUUUCCAAAGGAACGUGCAAUUGUAAACAGAGAGCAUGCGAAGGGGUCUUAUAAGUUAGGGCCCUAUCUGCUUUCUAAAUUGUUGGCCGAGAUCCCUGUUGGAGCAGCAUUUCCAUUAAUGUUUGGUGCUGUUUUGUAUCCUAUGGCUCGUCUUCAUCCAACAUUGUCCAGGUUUGGAAAAUUCUGUGGAAUUGUGACUGUGGAAUCCUUUACCGCAUCUGCCAUGGGGCUUACAGUUGGGGCAAUGGUUCCCACCACUGAAGCAGCAAUGGCUGUGGGGCCUUCUCUUAUGACUGUUUUUCUUGUAUUUGGAGGCUAUUACGUCAAUGCUGACAACACACCAAUCAUCUUCCGUUGGAUUCCUCGUGUUUCUCUUAUAAGAUGGGCCUUUCAAGGGCUUUGCAUCAAUGAAUUUAGUGGUCUUCAAUUCGAUCAUCAGAAUUCUUUCGAUAUUCAAACUGGGGAACAGGCACUUGAGCGGCUCUCCUUUGGGGGUAGUCACAUUAGGGAGACAAUAAUUGCUCAGAGUAGGAUACUGUUGUUUUGGUAUUGCACCACUUACCUUCUCCUUGAGAAAAACAAGCCCAAUUACCAGCUGCUUGAACCACCACCUCCUAAGCAAAUCCAACCAGAGCAACAGCUUGAGCCUUUUAAUACUGACCUAUUUGAAAAAGACAGCUCACUCGAACCCCCUAUGCUCAACCAAGUUGAGUCAAAUCUGCAGCUUGAAUCACCUCCAAAUGACCAAGUCCAACCAUUUAUCCUAGAAGGUUACGGACCCCAAGAUGGCAAAGAUUUACUCUAGUACUAUGCAAAGAGGAAACCAUGACUCCAUAUGCGGCUUGAUUGGGAUGGAACUCCCAUAAACAUUUCAAUAUUAUCUCUUCCUAUUGGCCAAAUUAUUCCAAUCUUUCAUUAUAAAUUCUGGUCAACGCAUUUUCUCUGCUAUUUGGAUAUGCUUUAUUACUAAUUUUUCUUUUAUAUUAUUAUUUUUUUUUAAAAUUGGAUCUUUUCCUGGAAAAAGAUCCGGUGCAAUACUCCUACCGUUUUACACUGCAACCGGGCUAUAAGCCGCCCUAUCAUUUGUCUCACAUUCUAGAAUGUAUCUGAAAAAGUAAGCGAAUCACGCGCCGACAUAUCAUUGUCAUUUUCCCACGCGGUGUGGCCCAGUCUCACCCUCCCGACUCUCGCGCACAAAUUCCUUUCCUAUAAAUACAAACCCCCUCCACAAAUACUCGUUCCACCAUAAUCAGCCACCUGAAAGUGUUCCAGCGUCCGUCCAAGAAAAUGCAAGCAACGUCUCUAUACUCCCUGCCUGUGCUUUCACCGCGCCCCUUACCCGGCAACUCAUUGCGGCAGAAGAUGGGUAUCAACCGGUUCCAUAGGCCUACCAGCACAGCCAUGGUUUAUGCAUCAAACAGGGAUGCAUACGGUCAUGAUUACGACGGGAAGAUCGUCGAUGAAAACAUGAUCAUUCUCAGAAAACGAAUUCAGGAGAUGAGGAUAGAGAAGACGAAUCACGAGCCGGAGCCGCCUUCUCAUUGGAUGGAAUGGGAGAAGCAAUAUUACGUGCGUAUUUGUGAAGCAAUGGAGUUGCUGCAGUCCGAGGUGAUGAGUACCAGGCCUAGCUUGGCCUUGGGAAUGGUGGCUCGAUCUCUUAUUAUGCUGAGCGUACCGACGUCAAUGGUGGUCAUUAUGUUUCACUUGGUGGAGGUAGCUAAGGGCAUAUUAUAAGCUGGGAUUACUGAUCCUUAGCUAAUUUUGGCAAAUUUUGUGAUAUGUCGCUCUUUUAACAAUAAUUAAUUUUAUCAACUCUGUUGAGUGUUGAUGAUUGAAGUGAUUAUUUUUCAAAUAAAGUUAACAAAUUUAUAACCCA